AUGACCAAAGCAUCACCGUCAAAUCCGCUCUCCGUUCAGGUGAGAAAAUGGACACACAAAUGGAAUCAAACGAGACGAUUCCCUCUCGACAAUCCCAUAUCAGUCGGUGUUUAUUUGAAAGGUCAACCACGCACAUCGGCUCUCCCAUCAACGGAUUCACAAGCAAGUGUCGGUGGACAUUCGUCGGAUGGAGAAAAGGGUGUCUGUUUUGAGUCACUUUCUUUUCCCGUUGGCUCGCUUGCUGUUCUAGGGGCCGGGAGAGUACUUCCCCCGCUGCACGAGAAGAUCAACCGACGAAUCAACGAUGGAACCCCAUUUUUCUCACUCGAGUUCUUCCCGCCGAAAACCGCUAAUGGAGUCGCGAACUUUUUCACCCGUUUGGAUCGUUUCAAUGAAGGUCUACCUCUCUUCGUUGACAUCACAUGGCAUAUGAACUCGGAUCCCGCAAACAUGCAGAAGGAGACCUCUUCGUCAUCGAUCGCUCUCGGAAUCAUGAACUAUUGCAGAGUGGAAACAAUGCUUCACAUGACGUGUGUUCAAUAUUCAAAAGCUCAAACCGUCCGCCAUUUGGCUCAAUCGAAGAAAUACGGACUUCGGAAUAUUCUGGCUCUUCGUGGCGAUCUUCCGCCAUCAGAAACUUCCUCAGAAGAGUGCCAAUAUUUGUAUCGUUAUCGUGCCCUUGACAUGAUUCGAUGGAUUCGAGAGGAGUUCGGCGAUUAUUUCACCAUCGCUUGUUCAGGUUACCCACUCGGUCACCCGGAUGCUCCCGUGGACGCGGGUGCUCAAUUCAUCGUCACUCAGCUUUUCUUCGAGGCGGAGUCUUUCGAGAAAUUUGUGCGCGAUUGUCGAGAGAUCGGCAUAACGUGUCCGAUCAUUCCAGGAAUUAUGCCAAUUAUGGGCUACGAAUCAAUUCGUCGUAUCGCCACGUUGUCGCAAUUGACGAUUCCCGAAUGGAUUCUAAAUGAUCUUGAGCCGAUUAAACACGACGAUGAUGCGGUUAGGAAAUAUGGAACGGUAAAAGCGAUCGAGAUGUGCCGUCGCUUGUUGAGCAAUGGAUCGGCGAAAUGUAUCCAUUUGUACACGAUGAACAGAGAGGGAACUUGUCGUGAAAUUCUUCAAGAACUAGGACUGUGGCAGAAGAAACCGAUGCGAGCACUUCCAUGGGAACCACACGGAGGAAAUCAUCCGAUUAGAUGCAAAGAAGAUGUUCGCCCGAUUUUCUGGAGUGCUCGCCCCAAAUCGUACAUCUAUCGAACAAGGGAUUGGGACGAUUUCCCGAAUGGUCGUUGGGGUAACAGUUCAUCGCCGGCUUUCAAUGACCUCAAGGAUUACUAUCUUUUCCAUUUAUUGGGAACUACGAAUAAAGACGAGCAAUUGAAAAAGUUCGGCUAUGAGAUCGCGGAUAUCGAAGAUGUGAAGAAAGUUUUUCUGAAUUUCCUUACACAGGAACCGAAUGAGAAUGGAGUCGUGGUGACGUCUCUUCCAUGGAGUGAACAAGAGAGCGGUGUUGCGCCCGAGACAAAACUCAUUCAGGAUCAACUAACAUGGUGCAAUGAGAACGGCAUCUUUACCAUCAACUCUCAGCCAUCAGUGAACGGAGCGCCGUCAAGUGAUCCACUCGUUGGAUGGGGGAAACACGGAGGAUAUUGUUAUCAAAAGGCCUAUUUGGAAUGUUUCAUUUCGGAAGAGCAUUCAGCCGCAUUGCAAACGAUUCUCGAAGAGUACGCGCCGAGAAUCAACUAUCAUAUCAUCAAUCAUAAUGCAAGCGUCGACGUGGCGAACACCGAGAAAACGACGCCGAUCGCCGUGACAUGGGGCGUGUUUCCAGGAUGUGAAAUCGCUCAACCAACCGUCGUCGAUCCGAUCUCGUUCCGAGUUUGGAAAGAUGAAGCAUACGAAAUGUGGACAAAUCAGUGGGCAUCACUUUACGCAAAGGAAUCGAAUUCUCGUCAAGUUCUCGAACACAUUCAUGACACAUAUCAUUUGGUGAACCUUGUCGACAAUGAUUUCCAGAAACCUUGCAUCAUUUUCGAGAUUCUCUCUCGUAUGGUCAAUCUAGCAAAGGAGAUUUCCCAUCAAAAUGAGCAACAAAUUUGGGCCACCAAU